GGAAAUGGAAACGCAGUACACAAUCUCCACUAACAUUGAACUGAAUCGCAAAUCGUAGAAUUACGAAGAACCAUCGGCGAGAGACAAACAAUUCCGAUCAUCGGAAAAUGGCCGGACGAUUGAGUAACGCAGCCGCUCGCAUCAUGGGCGGAAACGGCGUUGUAGCCCGCUCUGUCGCAUCCUCUCUUCGAACGCGCGCCGGUAUGGGACUUCCCGUCGGCAAACACAUUGUACCUGAUAAGCCGCUUGGAGUGAAUGAUGAACUUACGUGGGAUAACGGAACUCCUUUUCCCGAGCCAUGUAUCGAUCGUAUAGCUGAUACUGUUGGAAAGUAUGAGGCUUUGGCUUGGUUGAGUGGUGGAUUGAGUUUUUUCGUGGGGCUUGGGCUGUUAGCUGUUUGGAAUGACAAAGCCUCCACAAUCCCAUUUACACCAAAGGUCUAUCCAUAUGACAACCUAAGAGUGGAGCUUGGUGGAGAACCUUGAGCUUGGAUCUAGUUGGAAUUGAAUCCUCAAAAUGUUUUUAAUGCGUUUCUUCUCAUGUAUAAACAACUGUAAGGCUUGAACAGUAAGAAUAAAUCUUGGUUCGAGAUUUGCAACCAACAAGCUGACAUGAGUUUUGCUUUUGUCGUGUUUAUGCUGAAUCUUUUCUUAUCUUAAAAGUUUGAUUUGGUUAGUUGGAAUGUUAGAUACACUCCACAUGCUAAGUAGAUUGACCGUCUCUUCGAAAUCAAACUUGAAAUUGUUGCUUUU